AGAUAGAUGAAUGCCUGUAAUCUGAUUGGCUGAAAUGAGUGGGGGCGGAGUGAUGAUGGCUGUUAUUAAGAUGAGCAAGGGAUGCCAGGACCGAGGCCAGUAGUUCUGAGUGGCCCAUCAGGAGCAGGAAAAAGCACUCUGCUCAAGAGGCUGAUGCAAGAAUAUGAGGGAGUGUUCGGAUUCAGUGUCUCCCAUACAACCAGGAAUCCUCGUCCUGGAGAAGAGAAUGAAAAAGGACUGAAUUGUCUCCCAAUGCUUCUGGGGGCAACAUUACUGCCCGUAGCAGACAUCAUGUCCUCUGUAUCUUCUGAAGAUUAUCACUUCACCACCCGGGAGAAGAUGCAGGAAGGCAUUAAUAAUGGCGAUUUCAUUGAGAAUGCAGUGUUUUCAGGAAACAUGUAUGGCACCAGUAAGUCAGCCAUAGAGGACGUUCAGGCCCAGAACCUGAUCUGCAUUCUGGACAUUGACCUUCAAGGGGUCAAAAACAUCAAGCAGACAGACUUAAACCCCAUCUACAUCUCUAUCCAGCCUCCAUCAAUAGAGAUCCUGGAGCAGCGUCUCAGAAGCAGGCAGACAGAGACAGAGGAAAGUCUCCAGAAACGUCUGGAAGCGGCCCGUAUCGACAUGGAACUUAGUAAGGACCCAGGCAUCUUUGACAUUGUCAUCAUUAAUGAUGACCAGGACACAGCCUAUAAGGCACUAAAAUGUGCUCUUAUUGAAGAGAUUCAGAAGGUUCAGGAUGGUAAAAAGUAAAAGAACGAAAGCACAGCUAUCAUUUUCUCUUAGGAAUUGGACAAGGAGCCACCCCUUCCAGCCUUUGAGGAGCACAAAACUAUACAUUUUUCCAUUUAUGAGAGACACAUUCAUUAUGUUAUUAAAAUAAACAUGUGAUAUAUCGAAUUUUUUAACAUUCUAUGUCAUACAACAAUCUGUCAUGAUAAAAAAAUGUUUUGUUCAUACUUUACAUUGUUACGUGUUUUUGCAAAUAUGCAAAUAUGAAACCGACGUCUUAACUAUAUGACUGGUAUAAGGGUACAGUUAUAACAUAUUAUGUAUUAUGUUAUGUGUAAUUAUGCAUAUAGGUUAGAAAAAUACAUGGCUGAAUUAUGAUAAUAAUGAUACACUAGAAUGUUGUGGACUUCAAGGUGCUACAGGUAUUAGAUUAUUGUAUUUAAUCUAUAGAAUCUAAAAAUAAAUAUCCCGAAUGUAACUUCAAUGUUUAUUCAAAUACAUGUUUAAACAUGAAGUACUUACAGUUGUGUGUACUUUCAUGUAAUAAUAAAUAUACAGCACUUCAGUAGAAAACAUUUUAGAAAAAUUGACUGUACUUUAUUUUCUUUGUUCUGUUCUGGCAACCAAAAGAUGUGCCUAUUGUAUAGACUUGAGAUCAUGUCUAAAAAGCAC